GAGUCUACAGGUGAUUCAGCCCCUGGUUGACCUGAGCAGAUUAUGAGUUCGUUUGAUCUCCAGACACAAUCGCCCCCUCGAUGCAGUCCUCAGUUCCCCAGCAUCGGUCAAGAACCGCCUGAGAUGAACAUCUUCUGUGAGAACUUCUUCCACCAGCAGAACGUACAGAGGCCGUCCAACUAUGACAUUGAGGACUACAGUGCAUCCGGCAACCCUUACCUCUGGUUAAACGGGCCUUCCAUGAACUCUUCGUCAUACCUGUCAGGAUCCAAUGGCAGCCCCUUUAUCCCGCAGUCCUACGGGAUGCCGAGACAGUUCCUCCCCAACAGCAGCAGUUUGGGAGGCUCAGACUUAGGCUGGCUUUCCAUUCCAAACCAGGAAGAACUGCUGAAACUAGUGAGGCCGCCCUACUCCUACUCUGCUCUGAUUGCAAUGGCGAUCCACGGGGCACCAGACAAGAGACUGACCCUCAGUCAAAUCUAUCAGUACGUGGCUGACAACUUCCCCUUUUACAACAAGAGCAAAGCUGGGUGGCAGAAUUCCAUCAGGCACAACCUUUCCCUCAAUGACUGUUUUAAGAAAGUCCCCAGAGAUGAGGAUGAUCCAGGGAAAGGAAACUACUGGACGCUGGAUCCCAAUUGCGAAAAAAUGUUCGACAAUGGAAACUUCCGGCGCAAGAGGAAGAGGAAGUCAGAUCCCAAUUCCACCACUGGCAAUAUUGGCACUGAGAAGUCUGAUGAUGGCAACCACAAGGCACCCCAAAGUCCAGGAAUCCUGGAUAACUCCUCCAUUAGGACAGGAACCUCUCCAGAAAAGAAAUCUCCUCCCUCCAUCUCAGCUCCUUGUCUCAGCAACUUCAUUUCCAGUAUGUCCACUUACAACAAUCCAACAGGAGGGAGGCAAGCUUCUCUCGGACUGGUCAAUGACACCCCCCAGAGAAUGGGACAGAAUAUGAUGGGGUUUAGCUCAUACUCACCUUCCAGUAACAUCUUGGGCCAGACUGGGUCGGAGUGGUCUGAUCCAGGAGCAUCAAAUCGUUACGGAUAUUCUUCAGUGCUGAACCAGUUCAACAACCACUUCUACAACAGCAUCAAUGCAAACAGUCUGUUGUACUCCAGGGAAGGGACAGAGGUAUGAAGGGAAGAUUCACUGAAUGAAGGAUCAAUGUAAAAAUUAAAUAAUUACAACAAAAAAAAUUCAUUUGAUGCAAUGUAGUUUAUUUAUGAGAAAACUUUUCAUGAGCAAUCAUAUUCCAGUAUUUUAACUCUGUAACUGGGAUAAAAAGAGAAUAGCACAACAAGGUCCUUGAAGUUUGGGAAAAUAUAAGUGUAUAUCGUGGAAUCUCAGGACCCUGUAUAAAGUUUGAACCCAUUCAUUUCCAUUAAUCCUAAAUUUCUAACACUAAUGAAUCUUGACAUUCUGAUUCAAUGAAGCAACAGACCCUUUUCCAAACCUUCAGGUCCCACAACAUUCGAACAGAAAAAAUCAGUAUCAGAGAAAUAUGAGCACAGAUUGAGUUUGAGUGCUAAAUUGCUCAGGACUGAAUUAAGGGCCUCCCAUGGUCAUUUGGAUGGAGUUCAGAUACCAAUUUAAUUAAAUAUUUGCUGAGCCAAUCCCCACGAGGCUGUAUCACAUUGGGCCUCGAACAAGCAGGAGCUCUUGGAGAUGUUGGGUUACUCUGCGAUCAAACACAUGCUACUACUGAGGGACAGCCAGGUAGAGUGCAAACUAGCAAAAAAUAGACUCUUUCAAAAAUCCUGUUCAACUGACCUCCGUCUCCAGAGCUAGGAAAGGGUAAAACUCAGCCUUCUACCUCCGAUCGCUAUCCAGUAACUACUGCAUCUGUUGGAAAGUGUGUGGGUUUUGGCCGGGGACUAAGAACAGGCUUCACUGUGAUGAUCUUCACGGUUGAUAGGCCCAACAAUAUUCACUCCCCAUGUUUGCAAUGAAUGAGCAGGGUGGCAAACACCUGUUGUAAUAUAAUACAGGUGCUCAGAGGAGGGGAGACGAAAAUUGGUAAAGAUCCAAAAACAUGAAUAAUUUUAUGUAUACAUUUCAAUCCUGAUGUUGUUAGUCUCAGUAUAGUUACUUAGAUGAGAGGGUUAUGUACAGUGUAAUAUUGAAUGUUUUAGGCUUUUUGGACUAUGUUAAAUAUGCGUGACUGUUAAAUGGCAUCUGGUUGUUACAAAUUUCAAUUAACUGUCCACUAUUUUCACUAUUUUCAGCAAACUUGUUAUUGCAUCUG